AUGGCUUCGAGAAUACUGCUCGGCGGAGCCCGAAGCGUCUCCGCGACUACCGCCCCUCUGCGCGCCGCUACACGCAGCUUCCACGCGACACCACGAUCGCUGGCCGACGCGACGGCCACCCCCUUGCCAGCUCGCAAGCCCGUGGGCGCUUUUCGCGGAGGGCUCUUCGGCUUCCUCCUCGGGUCGACACUUGCAGGCGCCGGUGUUUACAGUUACGUCCUGCGAGAAUACAAGGCUUCGAACGAGCUAUUGACGGAGGAUAUCUAUGCUCUACAGGCUGCUUGCCAACGACUGAACACAUACGUCCAACAACUGGAAGAGAAGAUGGAUGCGGCGGAACGAAAAAAGAAAUAG